GCUCUGAGCCAAGUCGGGCCGAGUAGUUGCCGAAAUCCGGAGCUCACGACGGUUAGUCAUCGCUGCUCGCCCGGCUUUCGGCAUUGCGUCUCUCCGCUCUGCCUUCCAUGUCUACUACAAGUCUACAACCACAUGGCUGCUAAUCGCCUACAUGAAUUGAAAUUCUGUAAUCAAGUAUUAGCCAGUAGCCUAGAAAGUCAAAGUAGCAGAUAUACGUUGUCCUACUACAACGGAUGGUUUCGAGGGUCCGUUCUUAACAUUGCAACCUCUGACAGAGAAUGCCAGUUUCCAACUCGAGAAAUUGACCAUGACAGCGUCAGUCAAAGACUCCGAAUCGUCAAAUUACCGCACGGAUCGAUUGACCCUACUCCAUACAGUCACAGAGCACUGGGCGAAAAGCGAAAAGCGAUGAAACCUCAUCCUACCCGCAACGUACCCACAUUCCCGUGGAAAAGGAAAAUCAUGCUCCACCGCGCGGAUAAGGCCCUAGGUCAACCAAUUGAUAUUGAUCAGUGGUCGUGGAAGUGUUGGGACAAGAUCCCUGCAAGAUUUCAAGGCUACAAGCACAUGGCUGGACAGACACCGGUCCUAGGCUAGGUUGCUAGCCCGCUAGUCUGGCUCUCAUGCAUUAUUGCUCCACCAACACGCAAGCGAGAGGGUCUAGCCUCAAACGAGGAAUUGGGGUUGACAGGGCCCGGCUGUUUUGGGGAUCUUGACGAGAUCAAGCGCGCUAAAUCUGGAGUGGGGGAGCAAAUCUCAACCCCCAAGAGUGCUUAGACAAAG